CUCCACUGUAGUGGGGGCGCUAAUGCGCAGUACUUGGUGUGCUAACGCUAUUCAAUAGCAUAGAAGAAGAAAUAGAUGCAGGGAAACUGCAAGGAAUGGUGUAGGGCGCUACGUUCCCGUGAGGUGACAAAAAUAAUUAGGUAGUUGAACGCAAUGUGAAGGCGGACCGAUGUUUCCGGGUGGCAGUUGUGUGUCAGCUGAAGUGUUGUGACUGUUGACACAAAAUGGCUAACAGCAUGGACUGAAGCCAAACAGCACAGUGGCACCAGCAGUGGGUUUUUAGCAUAGAUGAAGCAUGAAGAGUCCAGUACACAGAUGCAGGGAUGUGGAGCACGGCCGGAGCCACGCCUGGGCCGGAUCCAGUUUCUUGCAAGCGGAGCAACGCAUCCCCGUCUCCAAAGACGUCAUCACCGCCUCCUCCGCCUCUGCCCUGUGGUUCAUCAGGGACGCCUGCGGCAUAAUUUGUGCCAUCAUCACAUGGCUGUUGGUUGUGUAUGCAGAAUUCGUGGUGCUGUUUGUCAUGCUGCUACCCUCCAAGAGCCUGACGUACAGCGUCGUCAACGGCAUUCUUUUCAACACUCUGGCCUUCCUCGCCCUUGCCUCACACCUCAGGGCUAUGUGCACCGAUCCUGGGGCAGUGCCCAAGGGCAAUGCAACAAAGGAAUACAUAGAAAGCCUUCAGCUGAAACCAGGACAAGUGGUCUACAAGUGUCCCAAGUGCUGCAGCAUCAAGCCUGACCGUGCCCACCAUUGCAGUGUUUGCAAACGCUGCAUACGGAAGAUGGACCACCACUGCCCCUGGGUCAACAACUGUGUUGGGGAGAACAAUCAAAAGUACUUUGUGCUCUUCACCAUGUACAUUGCACUGGUUUCUCUCCACGCUCUCGUCAUGGUGGUUUUUCAUUUUCUCUACUGCUUUGAAGAUGACUGGACAAAGUGCAGUUCCUUCUCUCCACCAGCAACCGUCAUCCUCCUCAUACUCCUGUGCUUUGAGGGCCUCCUCUUCCUUAUCUUCACCUCUGUGAUGUUUGGCACCCAAGUCCACUCCAUCUGUACCGAUGAAACUGGCAUAGAGCAGUUGAAAAAAGAAGAGAGAAGAUGGGCUAAAAAAACUAAGUGGAUGAACUUGAGGGCGGUGUUUGGACACCCUUUCUCCUUACUGUGGUUUAGCCCUUUUUCCACCCCUGACCAUGGGAAGGCCGAGUCAUACCAGUAUGUGGUGUGAAAGGGGAGAAUGAGUCUGCAUCCCAUCCAACACCAUUUCAGCGGAUGUGACAGUCACUACGUUUACAUGCACUACUUUUUUAUAAUUUUUUUUUUUAAAUGUGGAUACCUGCAUAUUUGUAGUUCAAUAUUCGCGUCCCCAAGAUUGUUGAUUUUUGGUUUAAAAAAAAAAAAAAAAGAAAAUUUUAAUUUGUUUUUAUUCCAGGAGGAAUCAGGAAUCUCUUCACCAGGUUGGUUGCAAUUUAUAAAUAUGUGAUCGCAAAGUAGGGGUGCAAUUAUAACAGCAAACUGAUAAAACAUUAACAAUAGCGCUUAUAACCUUCCAAUGAAGCGAGAUUACUCUUUCUAUGUGGGUGAGGAAAUCAAACGCUGCUUUAUACCCCUGCCAGUGUCUUCAUCCUUGCUUGUGAAAAAAAAAAAAAAAUUCGGAGGAAGACAUUGUGCAUGCUGUCGUACCAAAUGCUCCGCCAUGAUAGGAGAAAAAAAAAACAUCAAGCACACAAAAAACCUUAUCAGCCACCUGAAACGCCUGUGCUGCUGUGUUUGAAAAGUCCAAAAGGUUUGCCAGAGACUUCCAUGGUGUCACAUCGGUUGCUCGGAAUGCGUACCCGAUUAUAGUGCACCUUGCUGUGCCACAGCAGGUGGCUCUCUUCUCUCUGGACUCUGGUUCUCCUUGAUUUAGGACUGUGAUCAUGUACAGUUGGUCAAAGUUCUUCUUACCUUCAGGUGUGCACAAACUAUAUUAACCUUCCUCUUGUGUUAGCUUUCUGGUAUCAUCUCUUAUGUUAACAGGUCGGUUUUGACCCAUGUAUUAAAUCAGCUAUAAAAUACACUAAAAACAAUAAGUUACCAUCAAAUUUGCUUCUCAUGUCUUGGUUACCUUCUUAGGCUUCCUCAUCCAUGAAAAUGUUGCUUUUAAUACUUUUGGUGUGGGCAUGUAGGCCUUUUUUUGUCACUAUACCCCUCCAUUUCUAUUUCCAAAAAUGGUCAAAUGAACCUCAAAAGAAUCAUAUUCAUAAAUUGAAGGUUCUUUUGUUACCUGCUGGCUAUUACUGAGGGCUAUAGAACAUAUCUCUUAAAUCAAUUAGUUGUAUUUAUUUUCUUAUUUUAGUAUUAAUGACUAAAGAAACAUCUAUGGUGUUGGGGUGAAUUUUGACCCAUAUAUAUUCAUGUCAAGAAAAGGUAGAAAAAGUGAUUGUUUUCAGCAACAGAACUUUAGUAUAAAGUGAAAUGAAAAAGCAGAACAGGUCCAGAUCUUGGUUCACUGUACUUCUUGCCAUUCUUUCCAUGAUCCAAAUUGUAAAUGUGAAAUCAGCCAUCAGUCAAAUGAGUGAAUUCACCUCACAUGUCUGGACCUUGUUUUUCUGCUGGUAUACUGGAAAAGCGGUCAAAUAUUGCUUUAUAGUCAUAUUUUUAUGACCGGGUCCAAACCGACCCUAACAAUACAGUGGUCAUAAUUUCAACCAGACCAUUUUAAAAUGUAGUAAAAAUGAUUUUUUUGAUUUUAUUUUGUUGAAAUAGAGUUUCCUGACAAAGUCAAAAAGCCUUGAUGCAAUAAACAAAUGUUAUGUGAUUCUUUUUAUGCAUUAAAAUGUAAAACGGGUCGACCCUAACGCAAGAGGAAUGUUAAAUCUAAAUGUUAAAGUAGGUUAUUGGUACCAUUUCUUGGGAAGCAGAAAGUUAUCACUAUCAAAAUAUAAAGUAUAGCCUGUAUAGAGUAUAUGUAGUACAUGCUGUAUAUACAGUACAGCAAACAUGCUUCUACUGUCAGGUGUUAUAAUCCGGCCUCAAAAUUUGCAGCGGUGGUUGCUAAAUUCUAAUGCUACGUUCACACCGACGCCGAAUCGAUGGCGAAUUAAAUCGGCGAGCAAAGCGGCGGCAAAGCGUAACAAAGCUGAAUGAAAGCGUAAAGACCGUAAUACAGCGUAAGAAAGGUUUGAGCAAUUCGGGACAUUCGGCAAGAGCGGCAAAAAUUUUUAAACUGUUUAAAAAUUUGAGGCGAUCUGUCACGAAUUGCGUAAAGCGGGGAGAGCGUAUUAAAGCUUAUCAAAGCGUCACAAAGCUUAUCAAAGUUUUGCUCAAAGCGUAAGAAAGCUUAACAGAGCUUGGUUCAAAGGAUCAAUGGAUCUGCUGCAUCUUUAUAUAUUGCAGCGACCCUGACGUGUUCAUGUUGACGUUGUGCUCUUGGGUGUCCGACUGUUCCGGGUGACCGUGAAUGCACCAGGGGUGGGGGCGUGUCGGGUGGAGGAAGUACUGUUGUGUAGCUAGCGGUGGUUGCAACGGCGUGGUUACGGCCGACAGUCGCCAGUGUUAUUGUUGUGCAAUAAAAAGCUUGUCAGCGAUCGCAGUCGUGUAAUUUCCAUAGCGUCGGCAAUGACGCUACAAUAUGCUCUGGAUCAGAGGCGGGAUGCAGUCGGGAUUUCGAAAUUUUCCAUUGCGUAACAGAGCUUAACAGAGCCUAUCAAUGCACAAGAGAGCUUGAUAAUCGUAUCAGAGCGUUAUUUAAAGCGUGAUAAGCGCACCAAAGCUUAUCAAUGAGUAUUAAAGCGUAUCAAAGCCUGAUCAAUCGGCAUCAAAGCGUGAGUAGCCGUAGCGAUUCGGGAAAUAAUUUGUCGCCUAAAGCGGGAACGAAUUUCGUAUCAGAGCUUAUCAGAGCAUAAACAUAUCUGAGGAGAUUGUGAGAUUUUUUGAAAAAUGACGCCGAAUUCGUCGCCGAUUCAAAGCGCGACAUUCGGCGUCGGUGUGAACGUAGCAUAACUGGAAUGACACCAGCCAAGUAGUGUGGAUUAUGUAAAUGCGGCUUGAGGAAAACGCCUUCUCCGACUGCUAGCCGACACAACCCAGUGGCUGAAAGAGAGACGGACGGAGGCAGCCCCGCAGACUAGAGUCUAGAGUCUAGUCUUUGACCCUUGAUUCCACCUAUCUGUUCUUGGAUCCUUUCUUAGUGGUGUAUACCUUUUUUUUACUUUCAAAUUCUUUUAGUUUAUUUAGCGUGUUAGCUUCCUUUGUCGCGAGUGAACAACGGCAAUCAAAAAGAGAAGGGGAGGUCUACGGCGGUGCCUCAGAUGCCAGCAGCAUAAUCCAGGCUUGAGUGAAGUAUCAGAGUAUAAUGGCGGGGCAUCUACUGUAUUGCAGUCAGGGGAUCAGGAAGACCUGGGUUCGAUUCUUAGCUUGGCAUCUCUGUGUGGAGUUUGCAUGUUCUCCCCGUGCAUGCGUGGGUUUUCUCCGGGUACUCCGGUUUCCUCCCACAUUCCAAAAACAUGCUAGGUUAAUUGGCCACUCCAAAUUGUCCAUAGGUAUGAAUGUGAGUGUGAAUGGUUGUUUGUCUAUAUGUGCCCUGUGAUUGGCUGGCCACCAGUCCAGGGUGUACCCCGCCUCUCGCCCAAAGACAGCUGGGAUAGGCUCCAGCAUACCCCGAUAACACUAGUGAAGAUAAGCAGCAUAGAAAAUAGAUGGACGGAUGGAUUAUGGGAGUAAAGUCAGCAACACCAACAAUGGGAAGGGGGAGAGCUGUCAUUUUAUGAGAAUAAAGGCAAAAUACUGAGACAAAAAGUGUUAAUGUACAGAGAAAAAAGCUGCAAUGAACAUUUAAUAUUGUGAGGAAAAAGUAAUGCCAUUUUAUUAAAUUCAAAAAUGUGGUCAUAAGUACAAAAAAUUAAUAUGGUCCACCUUUUUUUUUUUUUUUUUUUUUUUUUUUUGGUCCCGUCCAGCCAUUGGGGCAGAUAGUAUUGUUGAUCUAAAUGCCCUUACAUGCUAGACAGAUUUGCUCUGUGUCAGGAAAGGUGUUGGCUACAACUUCCCUGUACCAUGAAAUUUUAUUUGCCGUUAUUUGAUGUCUUUGUUAUGCCAUUUUGGACGACCGGACCGGAGCGGGGGGGGGGGUAGAGGGAGAGACAAAAACAGCAGCAACAAGAAUUCCCAAAACAACAACAGUGACAAACAGAACAGUUAAAUGUCAAUGAUGGCUAUGGGUCACACUGGAGAUGAUAUCAGUGGAAUGAAACAGUCCAACUUACCAAUAGCAAUAGUAACAAUGAGGACAUGACCCAUGAUAGUAAACACAAUUGCAACCAUACAGUUACAGUAAUUAAAAUCUCAUUGCUUGCUUGUGGAAAAUACCGUAAUUGGGUAAUUGAUUAACUCUUGAUUAAUUGUUGCAGCUGUAAUUGAAACACCCAUAAAAAGGUCUAUUAUUGACACAGACCCAACAGAAGUCCAUUCUUCCUUACUCACGGUGCAACCAAAUAGGAACUCACAAUGUCACUGCACUACACUGACGACACAGGCAUGGGAAUAAACACUUUGACACUUCCAUGCGUGCAAAACAAUUUCUAACCUGCAAGUGCAUGUAAAGUGGCAUAUAGCAUAUUUUAUAUAGUAUAUAGUAUAGCAGGAAUCCCACUGAUGAGUGCAUGGAAACGUACUGAGUGUGACGCCUGAUAGUGACCACAGACAGCUUAUUCUGUAUGGAAUACUUUUUUUGUCUGAUACUUUAUGUGACAUUUUUAUCUGUGAAUGUUUUUGAAAACACGGAUCUAUUGGAAAUAUGGAAGAAAUAACCACAUUUGGUUAUCGGCUAUGAUCUAUUUGUGUUUUUUUUAUUUGCUACAGAAGAUAGCCAAGCAUAACUAUUCUAAAAAUCAACAACAAGGCAGCAUGAUCUUUAUGGGAAAUAAGUAUUUGACCCCCUGAUGAUUUCGGAAGCCCCCCCCCCCCCCCCCCCCCCCCAAAAAAAAACACCCCUGACAAAAAUAUAAACAUUCCAUCAUUUUUAUGGUCGCUUUAUUUUAACAGAGUGUAAACAUAUCCAGGCAAAAGAUAAGCUGAUGUUAUUAAUGAUGAAAUUGAUUGCAAAACCGGGGGAUCAAAUAUUUCUUUUCCCCACUGAGACAUGUCCAGUGGAACCUCGGUUAGCGUACGCCCAACUUUUGCCUCGGCUUACAUACAAUUUCUUGUUAACAGUUUGCAUCCCAAAACGUCCUUAGCUUCUAACAAAGGAACCAGAAGUCCACUACGUCGCCCCAUCUCUGAUGGCAUCAGUGGACUCCCAGAAAUGUUGACACACAACACAUCUUUUAUAGUUUUACUUUAGGGGUGCAUGAUGAAAAUAAUCAGGCCAAGAUGAGGAAUUAUGACAUCAUACCGAUGAAUUAAAAACCCUACCAUUAAAAAAUAGUUCUGAUAAUUGAUGUUCUUCAAACAUUCCGCCGAGGCAAAAAAUAAACAUGGCUACAUCCAAGCCACCUGAAACACCAGCGACCACAAUGCUUUGAAAGCUUCCAACACUCACAUCAGGAAUCAUGUCUUCAAUGAACCUUACGUGAUUUCUUAUGGGAACAUUUGAUUUGGUUUGUGUUUCGGUUAGAGUCUAACCUUCUGGAACGAAUGAAUGAUGCUAAACAAGGUUCCACUGUAGUAUAUAUAUGGAAGGAGUCAUAUUGUUCUGUUUGGAACCAACAGUUGGGUAGAGCGGAAGUGUCCAUUUGUAUUUUUUUCUUUGAGAAUUGUAUUUAUUUGAGAAUUACGUGCCAGUUUUUCAUGUUUCAUUUAAAACCCAUUAAAGGUCUUUACAGAAAAGCAGAGCAAUGGUUGUUGCAUUUUCUUCCUCUACAUUAAAACAACCCAACCAAGAACUUCAAGGAAAAAUGCACAGAAAAGCUAAAAAAAAGGCAGCUAAGAAUGCACGAAAUGGGAUGCAACCAUCCAUUCAUUUUCUAUGCCACUUAAGCUCAUUAGGGUUGUGGGGUAUGCUUUAGCCUAUCCCAGCUAUCUUUGGUUGAGAGGCAGGGCACAUAUAGACAAACAACCAUUCACACUCACAUUCAUACCUAUGGACAAUUUGGAGUGGCUAAUUAACCUAGCAUGUUUUUGGAAUGUGGGAGGAAACCGGAGUACCCGGAGAAAACCCAAGCAGACAUUCUGUAUUCUGACUGUAUGGCCAACAUACUAACCACUUGUCCACCGUGCGGACGGGAUGCAACUCUUCUCCCUAUAAAUCCUUUUGAAAUGCCUCCAAAAAGCGCCAACAUGCUCCAUUUCCAUACCAUAGCGGUAUUUUAUUAUUAAGCCAAAGAACUAACUUUCUGGCAUAGUGACACCUUGCCACACCAGCUAGCGACUAGCUUCACCAUAAGUUUGCUCACUACCACCAAAAGGAAAUGAUACAUGUUGCUGUGUUUUGUUUUUCAGCUUAGUUAACGCUAAGUGUAGCGUUCCUUUGUAUGUUGCUAUAUGACAUUAAUGCACCCAGGAAGGAUGUUUAAAAUGACCAAAAUACGGUAAAAUGCUGUAAGUAUUACAUGCUCACAGCAUGGAUACAACCUUGUUGGGGGUGUUUUAAUAGUUGGUGUGUCCCAUUACGUGCAUUAAUGAGCUGCAUCUUUUAAGCUGUUUUUAUCUAUUUAACCUUCCUCUUGUGUUAGCUUUCUGGUAUCAUCUCUUAUGUUAACGGGUGGGUUUUGACCCAUGUAUUAAAUCAGCUAUAAAAUACACUAAAAACAAUAAGUUACCAUCAAAUUUGCUUCUCAUGUCUUGGUUACCUUCUUAGGCUUCCUCAUCCAUGAAAAUGUUGCUUUUAAUACUUUUGGUGUGGGCAUGUAGGCCUUUUUUUGUCACUAUACCCCUCCAUUUCUAUUUCCAAAAAUGGUCAAAUGAACCUCAAAAGAAUCAUAUUCAUAAAUUGAAGGUUCUUUUGUUACCUGGCUAUUACUGAGGGAUAUAGAACAUAUCUCUUAAAUCAAUUACUUUUAUUUAUUUUCUCAUUUUAGUAUUAAUGACUAAAGAAACAUCUAUGGUGUUGGGGUGAAUUUUGACCCAUAUAUAUUCAUGUCAAGAAAAGGUAGAAAAAGUGAUUGUUUUCAGCAACAGAACUUUAGUAUAAAGUGAAAUGAAAAAGCAGAACAGGUCCAGAUCUUGGUUCACUGUACUUCUUGCCAUUCUUUCCAUGAUCCAAAUUGUAAAUGUGAAAUCAGCCAUCAGUCAAAUGAGUGAAUUCACCUCACAUGUCUGGACCUUGUUUUUCUGCUGGUAUACUGGAAAAGCGGUCAAAAUGAGAAUCCCCUGAAGCUUACAUGAUGAGAAGAGGAGCUGGUUGUCAUUGUGUUGGCUAAUUGGACACAAAAUAAGAUGAAAAAUAAUUAAACAAAUCAAGAAUAAAGAAAAUCAAUCAAUCAGUAAUAAAUAAAUAUAAUAAUAAUAAUAAUAAAACGGCAAGUAAUAAAAACUUAAGAAACCACAUAUAGUUGGUGGGUAGACAAAUUAUUUUUUUUUCAGAUUAAAAUGAACAAAGCAUUAUUAGAGCCCUGUAGACAUGACAAAACACGACUAUAGUCACAUUUAUACUCUUUUUAUUUACAACAUAUUGCGCAACUGCAGGGUCUUGAGACACAUGCUAACUCGCAAACUAGAGAGCUCGCGACCUAAACGGUAGCCUUCAAGUUAUUUCCUUUAAACUUAAAUAGCCAAAAACUUACCACUUCCACACGGAUAGGGAGGAUAACUAUUAACAGUUAUUUAACCUUUAACAUGAACAUUAAUCAAACGUAAUAUUUUUUUCUGGGUACAUGAUACCAUACAGCAUCCAUAUCAAACUUGCGCGGGCCGCACUAACAUUAAACUUUCAUAUCAAGGCGGGGGCCUCAAACUCGUGUCCUGCGGGCCACAUUUGGCCCGCGGGCCGCGUGUUUGAGACCCCUGGUCUAGAUGUUAGUCUUUGGGGAAAUAGAAGUGAUAUGCUUCAGGCCCUCACUUGCAGCAAGACUGCUCACAGUAUUCGUGAAUGCAUGCUAUCGAUGAAGACCACAAUCGUGUCCAAUUUGAACCCCAUCUGGCAUGAAGUUCAAAGUAAUACUGCUAUUUAUUUCAGCAUGUGCAGGUAAUAAAGCGGAUCUUGUCGUCAGUGCGGGCCUACGCUGUCUACGUUUUCUCCUUUCGUAUAAUGUACAAAGUUAAUGCUUUUGUGUUUCUGCAUUCAAGCGGCAUAGAAAAUGGAAGAAUGGAUGUUUCUGCAUUCAACAAAUCUCCGUUUGUCCUCGUCUGUCAGUCUGUUCCCAAAUGAUUGUGUCGUGUGCCCGCCCCCUCCUUUCCCUGCAAUCUUCUCUCUUGUCUUGAUAACUGAAGCUUUCUGAAGCAGACAUCUUUUAAUGGGGACAGAGGUAAGAUGGCCAAGUCACUCUCACUCGCCGAUCGUCAUGCGCAGAUCCUCAGCAUGCAGGUCUCACUUUCAGCUUCCAAGAGCCAACAAUGUCAUUGUGUGAAUGUUGAAGGGUCUUCAUGCACACCAAAGGUCCUCUUGUCAUUUAAUCACGCUCAACUACUUCCACAUUCCCAACCCAUUCAAACCAUUCCAAUAUGAAAACGGUCUGGGAAUUUGGACUGGCAAUUUUCCACAUCCCAUAUUGCAGUCAAUAUUCCAACCAAACCAUUCCAAUAUCAAAUGUUUCCAUUCAUUCAGGACAUGAUGGCACAUUCCAAAAAAACCCAAACAUAUCACAUUUUUCCAUGACAAAAUUCUCAAUGAAAAUGAAUAGUUUUCAAGUUCCUCGUUUGUCAACUGAUUCAAACCAUUCCAAUAUUAAAACAUUGAGGAAAUUUGGACUAACCACUUUCCACAUCCCCAAAUUUCCCGCCUUUCCAGAAAUUUCAAAUUUUUCAAACACAAUUUGCCAUUUAUAUUUUAACCAAAACAAUCCAACAUCCAAAAUUUCCAUUGGUUCAGGACGUGAUAGCAAGCUCUUAGCAGUCCCCCAAAAAAUGCACACAUUUUUUUGUCAUUACACUUUUACCCUGACAAAAUUCCCACUGAAAAUGCAUGGACAAUUUGGGGUUUGGGUUCGGGAACCAAACUCCAGUUGCUGCAGGGGGAGGUGGCGAGCUGGUGUGGGCUUAUUAAUAACCCUCCAUCUUGGUGCCUCUGUGUUGGACUCAUCCCCAGUAAAUGGGACGGUCAUUUCCCUUCGCUUUCGGGAUGGGGAAAGGGUCCUGACUGUCGUUUGUGUGUACGCGCCAAACGGAAGUUCAGAGUAGUACUUGGAGUCUUUCAGGCGGGUGCUGGAGAGCACCCCAGUUGGUGACUCUGUCGUUCUACUGGGAUACUUCGAAACCCAUGUGGGCAAUGACUUGGGGGGUCGUGAUUGGGAGGAAAAGCCUACCUGAUCUGAACCAAUGCGGUGUGAUGUUAUUGGACAGUUGGUCCAUAACUAACACCGUGUUCGAACAGAGGGGUGUCGUAGUCGUAUCAUCAGACCUGUGUUCUGGGCAAGCGGGUGAAGAGAGGGGCUGAGCUGUCAACUGAUCACCACCUGGUGGAUUAGAUGGCAGGGGAGGAUGCAGACCUGACAGACCUGGGAGACCCCGACAUGUAUGUAGGUCUGGCAGAGUCUCCCGUUCGUCGAGUUGAAGACUCGAUAGGCGGAUCUGUAAUGCGAUCGCUGUACCAGAUUGUCAUGGUGAUGGCAAAGCUCUUAAUUUACUGGUCGAUCUCCCACCCUCACCUGUACAAGCGGCUGAAAUGAGUUUCCAACGUAGGGUAGCUGGACUCACCCUAAGAGAUAGGGUGAGGAGCUCAGUCAUCCAGGAGGGGCUCAGAGGAGCCAGGUGAGGUGACUUGGGCAUCUAGCCCAGAUACCUCCAGAACGAGGUGUUCUGGGCAUGCCCAGCUGGGAGAAGGCCCCAGGGCAGACCUAGGACAUACUGGAGGGAUUAUGUCUCUGGGAAGGCCUUAGUGUCCUACCGAUGGAGCUGGAGGAGGUGGCAAGGGGACUGUGAAGUCUGGACUGCCCUACUCAGACCGCUGCCCGCGAGACCGUGAAAUAAGCAGAGAAUGGUAUAAAACUUUUUCCAUGAGUUUUUCCAAAUCCCCCAAAGUUCCCACUUUUUUGGAAAGUCCAUAUUUUUCAAACACAAAUUGCCAUCGAUAUUCCAACCAAGCAAUUCCAACAUCAGCAUUUUUUUUUUUCAUUCAGGACGUGAUGGCUAGCUGUUUGCACAUUCUAAAAAAAUACACACAUUUUUUGUCAUUGCAAUUUUUCCAUGACAGACUUCCCACUGAAUAUGAAUGAACAAUUUUAAAUUUCCACAUUUCUCAAACAAUUCAAAGUUUUUCAACAAGAAAAUAAUUUGCUCAUUCAGGAAAUUCGGACAAACCAUUUUCCACAUUCAAUUUCUUUUGACAUGAAGAAUUCUAACUAAUUUCCUUGUUUUCAACCUUCAGUUCAUUUAUUUUUGGCAUUUGGAAAAUUCCCAAUUUUCCGAGAGUUCAACAUUUUCCAGACCAAAAAUGACCAUUGAUCAUAGUCAUUUUUCCAUAUUUCUCAAAACAUCUCAGCAUCAAUACAUUUGGGAUAAGAACGUUUCAAUUUUCCCAUAAUUCCACAUUGUCCGUACAGCAUUUUCGCUCUUCAGCAUUCACACGUUUUGUCUACACAGAUUUCCCAAUUCAGCCAAACGCUACUGUGUGAAAUGUAUCCUACCAUUGGAAAUUUGGCUCUCAGACUGGACCAGACAAAAUGAAGCUACUUAAAUAAGUCAGUCCCUGACACGACCCUCCCAUGUGUGCCGCGUGGACCAUUCCACCGCCAGGGCGAAAAGUCCCAAGCACCACCAUGAGACUUGGUGUGAAUUCUCUUAUGGUGGAACCUCAAAAGUGGAGUACAGUCUAAAACUCUGGUCCACUUCUGAUGUGUUUAGAUUGAGAAAGCAUUUUUUUCAAUCAAGAGAAUUGAUUGAAUACCUUUAGGAGGCGUAUAAAGUCUGUAUGGAAUGGACCGCUGAGUCCCCCAUCAUGUAACAUGUGGGGUAUGUUGCCACAUCCUGCUUUAGGGUGUCACAACAUUGAAGUUAAUGCUUUAGACCAGCAGUUUUUCAAUGGGCUCAACCUGGGAUUUUCCAGUGGUAAUUAAGUGGUGACCCACUUUUAUGUGUUAUUCCUAUUUUUAUUAUUUUUUUGACAUUUUUAAAAUUCAUUUUCAUUUGUUUUUUUAACAGUUUUUUUUAUUUUUUUUGAUUAUUUACACUUUAAUUAAAUAAUUAUUUUUUUACCUAUUUAAGUCAUACUUAUAUAUACUUUACACAUAAUAGUAUUUUUUCCUUUAUAUUUAUCAUAUAUGUAUGUUUAUUUUAUUAAGUACGCUUUCACUUAAGUCAUUUUCAUUUAUUUUUAGACUUUUUACACUUUGUCAUUUUUCAAAUUUGUAGUCUUUUUACAGUUUUAAGUCAUGUGAAUAUUUAAUAUUUUCUCUUUAAAGUCAUUGUUAUUUUUUGCACUUUGAUUUAAGUCAUUUUCAUUUAUUUUAUUAAUACCAGUCAUUUACAUGUUUUUACCCUUAGUCAUUUAUUUAUUUAUUUAAAUGUUAUAUUAAACUUAUUCAAGUUAUUAUUAUUCUGCACUGUUUCAGUGAAGACAUUGAUUUUUAUAAUUUAUUUGCAUUUUAUUACAUUUAUUUUUUGCACUUAUUUAUCAUUUUGAUUGUAUUUACACUUGAAGUCAUUUUUGUUACAUUUUACACUCAUUUUUUACCAUUUUUUUUACUAUUUAUUAAUUUGAAGUCUUUUUUUUACAAUCGUAUUUACUUGUAUUUGUUUUUUUAUUCUUUUAUUCACUUUUUAUUGUUUUUUUUUAAUUUUUAUUUAAGUCAUUUGGAUGGUUAUUUAUUCAUUACACUUUUUUUUACUUUUAUUCAUUUUUAUUUCAUCAUUUACUCUUAAGUACGUUUGAAGUCAGUUAAUAAUUUGUUUUAAUUUAAGUAAUGUUUUAAAUUACACACUUGUAUAUAUUUUUUUUUAAUAUUAGAUACUUUCAUUUCUUCAUUGAAUUGUAUUUGUAUUACAAUGUCAAAAAGACCACAGAAUGAGAUCAGAAGUCAAGACAUGAGUUAAAUGUUAUAUCAUUUUUUGGAAUUUUUCACUUAUGGUCUGGGACUCAAUCAGAAUGGAUCCACUUUUGGGUCCCCACCCACCAGUUUAGAACCUGUGCUUGAGAUCUCUGCACUGAUUUGCUGGGUGUAUGCCAUUUUAGAUGUCUUUCAUGACAACGAGAGCUUUACAAACGGCCUCACCAGUUCGUAGUCCUGCAUGUGGAUGACAAACCUCAACUCCUUUGAGCCGGGACCCUUUUCUCUUU